GCACGACGCGACAAUGUUGACUGAGUUAAUUGCUUGCCUACAUAUUUUACGGAAUAACAUUUCAAGCUCUAUGCGCAGCACACAUACACAAAACUGUAGUACAGUAAGCUUGAGCGGAACUCAGCAAGCGAGCUCUGAAAAUAUCUUUGAUUAUUUCCGCUAAAAAAAUGCCGCACUCAAUAUCCCCUGAGGGAAGCCAGACCGGGGCCGGGGCGGACGCAGCGGCGGCGGCGCGACCAGCUCCGCCGACAAGCAACGACACCAAACAGAGCCCGGGCGAAGAUAUUGUUAUGGAGGAUACAGAGGCAGUGCCGUCAAAGCAAGAAGAGUCCCAGAGUGAAGAGCAAAUAAAAAAGGAGGUCAAGCUAGAUGAUUUAUUCGCAGACGACGAUUCGGACGAGGAGUUUCCUAGUUCGCGGCCGGUUGAAGAUUCAAAACCGUCGAGUCCACCUGCUGCGCCAUCUUCUUCAUUCAACUUGCCCUCCACCCUUCAUGCGUCAGACCCGGAGGUUAUGCGCAGUUUCUACCAACGACUCUUUCCUUGGAGAUAUCUGUUCCAAUGGUUGAACCACAGCCCAAAUCCUACAAACGACUUUGCGCAUCGAGAGUUCGCCUUUACUCUGCAGAAUGACGCGUAUCUACGAUACCAAUCAUUCACCACGUCUGAUUUACUCCGCAAAGAUGUUCUCCGCCUCAUGCCCUCCCGUUUUGAGAUUGGGCCCGUCUACAACACGAACCCCCGCGAGAGGAAGACCCUGCGCAACUCGUCGGCUUUCAAACCCCUGGCUAAAGAGCUGUGCUUCGAUAUCGAUUUGACAGACUACGAUGAUAUCCGGACGUGCUGUGACAAGGCCAACAUCUGCAAUAAAUGUUGGCAGUUCAUGACAAUGGCCAUCAAGACGGUCGAUGUGGCCCUGCGGGAUGACUUUGGCUUCAAGCACAUCAUGUGGGUGUACUCGGGUCGUCGUGGUGCUCACGCGUGGGUUUGCGACAAAAAGGCCCGCGUUAUGGAUGACCAAAAGCGAAGGGCCAUCGCGGGCUAUCUCGAGGUCGUCAGGGGCGGUGCCCAGAGCGGGAAGAAGGUCAAUGUGCGCCGGCCACUGCAUCCCCAUCUUUCGAGGAGUCUGGAUGUUUUAAAAGGGCACUUCCAGGAAGACGUUCUCAGAGCCCAAGACCCAUGGGAGUCAGAAGAGCAGGCUGAGAAGUUGCUCCAGCUUCUCCCCGAUAGGACCCUCAACGACUCGCUGCGUAAGAAAUGGGCAUCCUCCCCGGGGCGGUCCUCGCUGUCCAAAUGGGCCGACAUCGACACAGUGGCAAAGACGGGCGCAUCACGCAACCUGGACGCCAAGGCCCUGCUGGAAGCCAAGCAGGACAUUGUGCUCGAGUACACGUACCCGCGCCUCGAUAUCGAGGUCAGCAAGAAGCUGAACCACUUGCUAAAGAGUCCGUUUGUCGUUCACCCGGGCACAGGCAGGGUAUGUGUGCCUAUCGACACAAAGAACCUUGAGGACUUUGAUCCCCUCGGUGUACCGACCGUGCAGGAACUGUUGGAGGAGAUUGACGCCUGGAAGCAGCCCGAGGUGAAGAAGGAGCAAGGGGAUGAUGCAGCGGCGCAGAGGCCUAUGCAGGAUUGGGAGAAGACGAGUCUGAAGCCGCACAUUGACCAGUUCCGCGUUUUUGUUUCGGCGCUGAUGAAGGAUGAGCGUGACCCCAAGAUCAAGAGGGAGAGGGAAGAAGCCGAGUCGAUGGAAUUCUAAAUUCCGUAAUUAAUGAGAUUAUUCACUGAGAUGGAAGAAUUGGACAUUGGAGGUUUUCUAAGAUAUGAUGAUGACGCAGCGUUGUUAGGCAAGUACAGGGUGGGUGUAUGAAGCAAAUACAAGAUAAAAUUCAUUAGCAAGCCUUGGCUUCGUAGUAAAUACCAUUAAACUCACGCAUCAUCAGGCAAUAGACAUCAAGUCAAGUCGCCGAUUGCGGCAACUAACCUGAUUUGUCUUGCGCUGGAUCGUGUGUAUUCGAAGCCG